CCUUAUUAGGGAAUAAACUCAAAAGCCAGGAAGCUUUACUCGGAAACAGCUAUCUUAGGAAUGAAGAGCUGUCCCUUUAAGGCAUGGCCUUCUGGGUAAUGUAGUUUUGAAGUGACCUGGUCUCACAUCUGGGUUUCGGAUUGGCCACUGGAGGGAGGGGCUUCGGAUUAAUUGCGGGAGUUCCUGGCUACGUGCCAGCCAGCGAGGGUCUUUGUGGAUUCCAGCCACGAGGACUUUUUGUUCCGUUCGCACGGAAGAAACUCGGUUCUUUUCAACUACGUGUUGGGUCCAGAUUGUGCAAGCAACGCCAGGAGAAUCUCUUCAGUAGCUCUGCAGCACGCGGCCGGCUCCUAUUGAAGUGACUGUCUACUAAGACUCCGAGAUCCCUCUCACAGUUGCUACCAUUGAGCAAGGUCCCACCUUGUAAAGAGACAAUUUAAAAACGGAGAAAAGAUGCAGAUGCGUGUUCGAAUCCUGUGGCCUGCCUAAAGAAAGGAAAAGACUCUUUUGCUAAGACACGGCGGAUAAAGCCAGCUAGUCAGCUCACUCUGAAUGUGAAAAGUUCAGAGCCCCUGCAGAUGUUUCUUCCCGCAAGAUAAAAUAAUAACCAGCCUACAUUGAUCCACAACCACCAUUCAGCCCCCCUCUUGAUUCUUGCUUAAAGGAACUAACGAAGCCAACCCCCCCCCUUUAGAAUUGCAAACGCCCACAGUCCAAGUUGGGAUCUUAAUUUCGGGUGAUCAAACCCUUAAAGAGAUUCCAGAAUCGGACGGCCAGCCUUGCAACUCUCAUCAAAGGGAAGUCAGCAGCCAGUUUAUCCUAGUGGUCUAGGCGCAGCGCCCUCUGGUGAUCAAUCUCCAAACAACAGGCCUGUGUUCCUGUGUACAGCGCACCCUAGUGGUUUAUACGCAGCGCCCUCUGGUGGCCAAUCUCCAAACAACAGGCCUGUGUUCAAGCUAUCUGUGUACAGCGCACCUUAGUGGUCUAGGCGCAGUGCCCUCUGGUGGCCAAUCAGCAAACAACAGGCCUGUGUUCAAGCUAUCUGUACAGUGCACUCUAGUGGUCUAGGUGCAGCGCCCUCUGGUGGCCAAUCUUCAAACAACAGGCCUGUGUUCAAGCUGUGUACAGCGCACCCUAGUGGUCUGGGCGCAGUGCCCUUUGGUGGCCAAUCAGCAAACACCAGGCCUGUGUUCAAGCUAUCUGUGUACAGCGCACUCUACAAUAUCUACACAGCAUCUAUGGAUCCCCCAACACCCUUGAGCAGAAGGAGAGACGGGUCACCUUGGAGAGGAAAUUUAGAUUUGGCAUCCAGGUGUGUGCACCAAUUCUCUGACAAGCUGGGGAAGGAAUAUAUAUUAUGGAAGCGAUUUUUCGGGAAUGCCAUUCGCAACGAAGGGUUGGAGCCCGCCGAAGAGCUCGGGCUUAUGAUAGCAUGGCUGGGACUAGAAUCUGCAGAAGUAGUAAAGGACAUCUACUCGUCCCACCUGGGUAACCCAGACACCGCCCUCAAGGAAGCGUGGGAUAUGCUGGAUCGACACUAUGGGGCACCUAUGUUGAUGGAGUCGUCCUUCUUGGAUCCUAUCUACGAAUUCCCUGACAUCCGUCUCAGAGAACCUCGCAAACUGCUAUCAUUCGAAAGCUACCGCGGAAGUUAGCUGAAGAAUGGAUCCACUUAUCUCAAGAUUACGAGACAAAGAAUCAAGAUGGGGUUCCCCCCUUUGCUGUCCUUGAAGAAUUUGUGGCCCGCCAGGCCGAGCUGUACAAUAACCCUGAAUACAUCAACAUCAGAGAAGGAGAGUUCCCUGCAGCCAAAAAGGCCAGUCAGAACUCCGGCGCGAGCAAGGGUCUGUUCCAAAGUGCAAAGGGGAAAACCCUUGCAUCCGUGCGGAAGACAGUGGCUGCUCCUUUGCCCACGAAGAAUUCAGACGAGCGAUUGUGGAAGAAAGCUCCAGCUAAACCUCUGCCAAUAAAGGAAGGCCCAGUCUGUCCGUUCCACAAGUCCUCACAUUCCCUGAACAAGUGCCGAGCGUUCGGAAAGAAGCCCCUGGACGAACGCAAGGCUUUGCUCAAGGAGUACAAGGUCUGCUACAAGUGCGGUGAGUCUACGCAACACGUGGCCAAAGCUUGCGCGGCUCAGGUGAAGUGUCCCCUAUGCAAGAGCGACAAGCACCCGGGAGCCCUGCAUCCAGACUCUGAGCAGCUACAACCAGCGACUUCUACUCCUCCUUCCAGCGAGGAGCCUCAGCGUGGCUCCAAAGGGCACCCAGAGUUGAUCGCGAUGGUCAAUUGCACGUCAAUAUGUGAUGACUCACCACCCCGUCGUUCAUGCACCCACAUACCAGUUAAACGCAGUCAGAUCGCAACGCCGGACUGUCCCAGCGACUUCCAGCUACAACCAGCGACUUCUACUCCUCCUUCGACCGAGGAACCUCAGCGUGGCUCCAAAGGGCACCCAGAGUUGAUUGCGAGAAUCAAUUGCCUGGUAGCAUAUGGUGCCUCAAUACCUCCUCCUUCAUUCAGCCCGACCUGCUUAGCUAAAGUCUACCCCGCCGGGCGCCCAGAAGAAGCCGUGAAGGUGUACGUAUCGGUGGCUCCACUAAGCACUCAUUCAAUAGCCAGGUCAGCGGUCUUCGACCUCUUUGAUGUCCCAAGUGAAGAGAUGCCUUACACAUUAUUAACGUACACUGGGUCCCUGCGCACGGUGGGGAGGGUCAUCGCUGGACUCUGCAUCGAGUCAUUGGAUGGCAGUUCGCGGUUCCCACUGCCGCCAUUGCUCGAAUGGGACAACAUACCAAUUGAUCACAGUCAGAUUGGAACGCGAGAAACAGCAAGGGCCAUACCUCACCUGAGGCACAUGGCGGAUCUCUUUCCUCCCCUGGAUCCUGAAGCCGAAAUCCUACUUCUGUUGGGACAAGACGCCCCUCUGCUCCUUGGUUGUGAGAGAAGGAUCAGAGGCCCACCAGACACCCCAGUUGCCCUCAAGACGGAACUCGGAUGGGUCCUCGUAGGAACGGUCAGUGUCCCAUCGGCUGCAAGCUCCGACCAGGCGAACGUCCCAGCAACUUCCAUUCUUCGUAAUGGGAGAGCGUCCCCCUUGAAACCAUGCCAAAGAACACUUUACGCUUUCGAACAUUAAGCCUCAACUAAAAGAGCCCCAAACAUCAAGCACCCUGUCAUCCUUCCCGCUCGUCAACAUGUCACGAGCCUGCUGGUCCAACACUACCACGAAACCGCCCACCAUCAAGGUCGGCACUUCGCAGAAGGUACCAUCAGAAGCUGCAGGACUCUGGAUCGUGGGAGGCCAAAGGUGCGUCGCUACUGUCUUGUACAGGUGCCUGUGUUGUCGCAAACAACGGGGCGCGACACAACACCAGUUGAUGGUUGACCUGCCACCCAAGUGCCUUAGUCCCAGACCGCUAUUUACCAACAUGGGCCUAGACGUCUUUGGCCCGUGGUCCGUGACUGUUCAUCAGACCAGAGGUGGUCAAGUCAACAGCAAACGCUGGACCGUCCUCUUCACACGUCUUAGCAUCUGAUCCGUUCACAUCGAAGUCAUCAAAUCCAUGGACACUUCUUACUUCAUCAAUGCCCUAAGGAGGUUCCAAACCUACAGAGGUCCAGUUAAGGCUUUUAGAUAAGUGGUUCUCCACCUGUGGGUCAGGACCCCAUUUGGGGUCGAACGACCAUUUCACGGGGGUCGCCAAACAACG